ACUGCAUUCUUUGCCUCCAGGAGACCCAGCCUGCAUUCAUUAAGGAUGGUGUGGAAGAUCGUGGGGCCACUGCAAGCAUGCAACCUUCUCCUAGUGAUUCUAUCUUUGCCACAGGGGAGGACAAGUUCUGUUAUAACUGUGAAUGGCAGAACUGAGAACUUUGUCCUGGACACCCCAUCUGGUGUCCAAGCCUCUCUGGAAUGCGCAGUUCAAAACCACACCAGCGAUGAAGAACUUCUCUGGUACCGAGGAGAUGGAAUAGUAGAUUUGAGAACUGGAAAUAAAAUCAACACCAGCUCUGUCUGUGUCUCUCCCAUCAGAGAAGACGACGAUGGAGUUCGCUUUACCUGCAAGCUGCAGAGCGAUCAGACGGUGUCGGUCUCCGUGGUGCUGAAUGUGACUUUCCCUCCUCUUCUAAGCGGAGAUGACUUCCAAACCGUAGAGGAAGACAGCGACGUAAGCUUGGUUUGCAACGUGAAAUCCAACCCCCAAGCUCAAAUGGAGUGGCGUAAAGACAACAACAUCCUGGUUUUAGAGAAAGGCCAUCACCAAAUCCAAGAGACAAGUGAGUCUUUUCAGUUGUCAAUCACCAAAGUCAAGAAAUCCGACAAUGGAACCUACAGCUGUAUUGCUAGCUCAGCUCUCAAAGUGGAGACCAUGGACUUCCACCUGGUCGUUACAGACAAAGUUCCAGCCGUCCCAGUAGAGGCAAUCAUUGCUGCUUGUGUCGUGGUCUUCCUGACUUUGGGUUUUGGACUGCUUGCUAGGAGAAAAAGAAUAAUGAAGCUCUGCGUGAAAGAGAAAAACAAGAAUUCAGAGACAGCUCUGUUUGGCCAAGGCUUGCGCAACUGCAUUGCCACACAAGCAACCGAGGGAGCUUGUCCAGAUGAGAAAGCUUAGCCACCACCUGACACAUGAAGAGUUCUGCAUCAGGACCACCUCAAUUUGUGUAUCGUCAUCUGUAGUUAUUGCUGCCUUUAAAUUCACUCGGGUCCAAUUGUCAGAGGUUAUGAAGAAGCAUUUGAUUAAUUACUGAACAGUAGUUGUUAUGACUAAUUCAAGCUACUUGUGGAGCUAUUUUAUUAAAGAGGUUUUAAAAUGAAGAUUCUGUUUAAGCCCUCUCCUUGAAGUAUAUGUUAAUUAAUUGUGAAUUAUUUCUAAUAGAUUGGUAGCCAUUUCCCAUCUGACUUAUUUUUCUAGAUAGGAGACUAACUGACACUGGGGUUUUCCAAAUCAAUGUAUUAGCCACAAAAUAAAAAAAAAGAAGAAAAUCCAAGUAGAGAACACCAUAGGAUGACGUUCCUGGGUUGCCAGGGAGCACAUGCAGAUGUAAAUAUGAAGAUGUAAAUUACCUCCUGCUUUCAGUGCCCUCUCCUCAAUGUCCUAGGACUAAAGAAGUCCGGAUCUAAUUUCAGAAUGUAAGAAGUUCCUUCAAAUGGAAUAAAUUUAGUAUCAUGAAA